ACACUCAUAUCUAUCAACGGAUUUUUCUAGCUACCUAGUUAGCUUUUGAUGGGUUGUACAUUACUACACUCUAUGUCAUUUCUCUUAAUUAUAUUAGAUCAAUAGCCCCCAAACACUUUCCGGAUUUUAUGUUCGACUUAAUUUGGUUUUCUUAGUUAUUCAGUUUUAAUUACUAGCUAGCUAGAUAGUUAUGGGAAAAAAGAUCCAUCUUUGAAUUUGAUCAUCAUCUAUCAUGAAAGCUUUUGGAUUAUGGGUUUUGUUGUUGGUGUUUGGAACUGCUUUGAUGAUUUGCCUUUGUUCGCCUUCCUUUCCUCGCCAUGAAGAAGCAAGCAUAAAACUUAAUGUACACAAGUGCAGGAAGCUCAAGGAGAAUAUGAAUGCUGAUCCUUAUGAGGGCAAUGCAAGUAACAUUGAUUUGUUAGAUUAUCACAAGAUUGAUCCGGUUCCAAGUUCAAAGGCAGCAAUAAAACAUGGGCCCGUUCAACAUGACGUUCCUCUUAUGCCUUAUAUCCCCAAGCCCCCGUCUCCUGAACCAAAUGACCCUGAUGAUGGGGAUGUUUUUCAUCCUUAGUAGGUAAAUUAGCCAAAUGUCUUAAACCCAUGGUUAUGAUCUUGAAAUAUGUCACUAAUAGAACAUGUAUAUUAUGAAAUCUUCUAAAUAAGUUUCAUAAUUGACUAGUAACUGUAAGCUUUGCUCACUUGUUAUGAUUAGGCUUUUAGGCCUCGUGCAUUUGCAGCACGCCCAGGCGUUCACCUUCUUUUAUGGAAAAUAAUCUCUGAAGGGAACUAAAUGUAACCUCUCAAUAUUCGUAUUUCAUUUUCAUACAGAAGAUGUCAUCUGCAA